AUGGAAGCCGCAGUGGUCGACCCCGGUUCCAGCCUCCUCAAAGCCGGUUUUGCGAUUCCCGAUCAAGCUCCCGCCAUGAUAAUUCCCACUCAGAUGAAGCGAAUGCUCGAUGAUGAGUCUGUGACCGAUAACCCGGUACUGGACGAGGUUGCUGUCGAUCCGGUGUGCCGAGGUUAUGUCAGAGAUUGGGAUGCCAUGGAGGAUUUGCUGCAUUAUGUAUUGUAUACCGGCCUUGGAUGGGAAAUGGGCAAUGAAGGGCAGAUACUGUUCACGGAUCCACUUUGCACUCCAAAGGCUAACAAGGAACAGUUAGUGCAACUAAUGUUUGAAACGUUCAACAUAUCAGGGUUUUAUGCAUCUGAACAAGCAGUGUUGUCACUAUAUGCCGUAGGACGUAUCUCUGGAUGCACAGUUGAUAUUGGUCAUGGAAAAAUAGAUAUUGCACCAGUGAUUGAGGGUGCUGUUAACCACAUUGCCUCGAGAAGAUUUGAGUUUGGAGGUAUUGAUCUAACUAAUUUCCUGGCUCAAGAACUUGGCAAAUCCAAUCCGCUAUUGAAUAUCAGCAUCUCUGAUGUGGAGAAAAUAAAACAGCAAUACUCAUGCUGUGCUGAAGAUGAAUUAGCUUAUCAGAAGACUCAAGAUUCAUGCCCUGUGGAGACACAUACCCUUCCUGAUGGACAGGUCAUUAAAAUUGGAAGAGAGAGAUAUACCAUUGGUGAAGCUUUAUUCCAGCCAUGUCUAUUGGGUUUAGAGGCUCAUGGUAUUGUUGACCAACUUGUUCGUACCAUUUCAAAUGUGUCAUCUGAUAAUCAUCGUCAACUUCUUGAAAAUACUGUGGUUUGUGGUGGCACUUCUUCUAUGACUGGUUUUGAGGAGAGAUUUCAGAAGGAAUCAAGCCUAAGUUCAUCUGCUAUUCGACCUACCCUAGUAAAGCCUCCAGAAUACAUGCCAGAAAAUUUAACCGUGUAUUCGGCAUGGGUGGGAGGUGCAAUACUUGCCAAAGUAGUUUUUCCUCAAAAUCAACAUGUAACUAAGGCAGACUAUGAUGAAACUGGGCCUUCCAUUGUUCACCGGAAAUGCUUUUGA